AUGGCACCCCGUAAACGAAAGGCGCCGGCAACGCCCAAACGACCCGAGCCAGUUUCCAGCAGCCGAAGACGAUCGACGCGCAUUGGGUCGUCCGCCGAGAAGAGCAAGUAUUUUGAAAGCGAUUCCGGCUCCGGCUCCGACUCGGACGACGGGCACGCUGUGAAGCGUGUCAAGACCGGCCAUGACGUAAAGUACAGUGGCCGCCGUGGCCCAAAGGUAGAAUCGGACGCCAGCGAGGACGAGUACGAAGCGCCCGAUGAUGACGAUGACGAAGAGGAGGAGGAGGAGGAGGUUGACGCCGAUGAUGCCUCAGGCGAUGGCAGCGAAGAGGAACAAGUCAGGUCAAAGCCGCACAAACCCAGUAAAAAGAAGGAAGCCAAGCCUCCUGUGAAAACGGCGCGGGAUAGAAAAAAUGACGAUUCCGGCAAGGAGGACGAUGAUGACGACGACGAUGAUGAUGAAGAUAAUCUGGUCACUUUUAUUCCACACGUGAAGCUACGGGAGCUUGAUGGUGUCGAAUAUGCCGAUGAGAAGCUGCACAAAAACACGUUGCUAUUUCUCAAAGACCUCAAGGCCAACAACGUUCGCUCCUGGCUCAAGUCCAACGACGCAGAAUACCGUCGGUCCCUCACAGACUGGAACUCGUUCAUCGAGACUCUCACGCCCAGAAUCGUCGACGUCGACGACACGAUACCAGAGCUCCCGGCAAAGGACAUUGUAUUCCGCAUAUACAGGGACAUUCGCUUCUCCAAGGACCCCACGCCCUACAAGCCCCACUACUCGGCCGUCUGGUCGCGCGCCGGGCGCAAGGGCCCAUAUGCAUGCUACUAUCUGCACUGCGAGCCCGGCGGCAGGUCGUUUGCGGGCGGUGGACUGUGGCAUCCAGAGGCCGAGUCGCUGCGUCGGCUGCGGGCCAGCAUUGACGAACGGCCCAGGCGGUGGAGGAAGGCACUGGUCGAGGACGACCGGCUGCGGCGCACGUUCCUGCCCAAGGCGAAGAAGGGCGACGAAAAGUCCAUCUUUAAGGCUUUUGCGGCUGCGAAUGCCAAUGACGCGCUCAAGAAGAAGCCCAGGGACUAUCCUCAGGAUCACCGUUAUAUAGAGCUGCUCAAGCUGAGGAGCUUUACCAUCAGCAAGAAGAUUGCCGACGACGUGUUCACGUCCGAUGACGGCGUUGAUCAGCUCAUCGGGAUCUUUGGUGAUAUGGUUGGAUAUGUUACCCACCUCAACUCCAUUGUGAUGCCAGAAGACGGAGACGAUGAUGACGACGACGACGACGAUGAAGAUGACGAUAAUGCCAAUGGGGAAGCUACAGAUGCUACAGAGUAG